GAUUCCAACUUGGGCAUCUAUCCGGAUUUCAAGCAUGUGGCAGACGACCCCUGGCUUGAAGUGAACAAUGCGCGAGAUGAAGCUUCCUUCAACAGGGAGAACCUCGGCUGUGCUCAGAUGUGGAAGGCAGAGGAGAAGGUGUCCGAGCUGGGGCAGCAGAACGCGCGUCUCCAGCAGGAUGAGCUGCAGUCGACGCAGCAGGCCGUCUCCAAGCUCCAACAGGAGAUUUCUGUCCUUCGGGAGAAGAUGUUGCUGGGCAGACUCGUGGAUCAUCAGCUGGCAGAAGACCGCUCCAAAGAGGCUGCAGCUGUCACUGCAGAGCAUGCAGAGAAGAAGGUAGCAGCGCUGGAGCAGGAGCUUCUCGUGGCACAGGGUGAGUUGACGCAGAUGAAGGACCUUUAUGCAGGAUUUGUGCACCCGCAGCAGAACUGCAACGCUACCGAGGAAGCUGCAGCCCGCGAAGAGAAGGCUCAGGCGGAGACCGCAAAGCUGCAGGAAGAGAAGAGGCAUCUCACUGAGGAGCUUCAGCACAUGAAAGACGGCUGGGAGAAAGCCCAGCAGGAACUUGAACUCCAGAAGAAGCAGAGCUCUGCCGAGCAGCAGCGGCUAAGCAAAGAGCUCAAGCAACGAGUGGAGGAGAACCAGCGACUGCAGGGAGAAGUCCAGGAAUCGAGGUCCUCCGAGACCACUCUCCGCGAAAACCACGAGCAGCUUAGACACAAGCUGGACACGGCCCAGCAAGGGCACGCGGAGCUCCUGCGCAGCUUCGGGCAGCUGCGCUCCGAGAACGACAAGCUGCUCGGCAAGUUAAGGCUGCAGAAGAGAUUGGACGAUACCCACGGUGGACGCAGUGCAGAGCAAGGUGUGUACACCCACGCUGAUGUGGCCGCGGCCCCUCGACUUGAGGAUCAGGUCGCGAGAAAGUUGCAGCGGGUGUCAGUGAGAUAUUUGCCACCGCAAAGGCUCAACAGGUCUUCCUGGUUGGUGCCAGGCGUUGGAGAGACGAAAGAAAGUGCGAAGUCAGUUGCCGGUGCACCCAAGAGGAUCAAGAGGAUGAUGACCUUCUCUGCCCCAACCGCAGGGCCUGCAAAUCGUACAUCUCCUGGCUCACAGCGCGAUUUGGCUUCCAGGCAUCGAGCCUGCAAUGGCUCUGGCUUCCUCCAGGGCAAGUUGUUAAAGCGUACCAAGGACCUGCAGGCUUUGGAACACACCUACAGCUACGCUUCCCUUUCGAUCGGUUUGCGUGCAUCUGGGCUGUGCAAUGCUGCUCGACUUGGUCCGCCAUUCCACAGGAAGAAUGCUCAUGCGAUCUUCACGCGAGUGCUGGGAGAGGUGUCCUCGCUGCUUUCGGCUUUGGGCCGGUUCCUGGGACGGGUGGACGAUGCGUUGGACCUGCGCAUUGAGCUGGAUGCUGCAGAAUCUGAACUAAGCGACGAGGCAGCAGCUUGGCUGGGAUUCUGUUUCGAUUUGGACAUCGGUGGCUACAGCUGGCCCGGUUGGUCAGCUGCAAUCGAGCUUGACGUGCUGCGCAGACAGCUGGCCAAGCGCAAGGGAGGCCCCGGAGUUGUAUUGUUGCAGGUCGUCUCAGCAAGCUGCUUCGUCCACCAAGAGACUUCCGAGGAGAUCCACUUGUCUCACAACCAGAUCGGCCACCGUGGCAUGGCGCAGCUGCUGACUGCUCUGGCUCGGCAUCCCCACGAGGCGUAUCCUAGAUCGGUGGAGCACUUGGAUGAGGCGGGCUGGGACAGACUUGCUCACGGCCGCGUGUUUGCACUUCGCCGGCACUUUGAGGCCAUUCCGUGCUGGUUGCGGCUAGAGCACAACCAGGCAGCCGGCAUCGAGCACCUCCUUUCAGUUCUUCAGAAGGACCCAGUGCGCCUACGGACGUGCCUCGCUCCACGCGGUGAGGAUCGCGGAAGACAACCCGCCUGCACUGUCUUCCGCUGCUGUCAUGGCUCUGCCUGCAAGGCAGACACGCCACAUGUCCAUCUCUACUGCGUCGGCAAGCAGAAGGAUGAUGCAGAGCUGGCGGAGCAGCCGCAGCUCGAGUCAAUGGUGCUUACUCUCUGCGAUGAGGUAACUGCCGGCGGCUUCGAUCCUGUGACAGAAGUUGUCACACCGUCCUUCACAGCUCCAACUGCUCCCUCUGCUGCUGUGCCGAUACGCGCCGUGGUACUUCGUGUUGAUGCAGAGAAAGGGGCUGGCCUGGAGAUGACUGCCCAUCCAUUUGGUUACCUCGUGGACAAUGUGGAGGCCGACCCCGGCCAAGAUUUGACUCCUGGAGACGUGCUGCUGGCCGUUGACGGAGAGCCUCUCUGGGGAGACCUCUCUGAGGACCAGCUGAAUGACGUCUUCGGCCGAGAGUUUGCAGAUGGUGCUUCCGUC